GGGGCAGCUCUCGAGGCUGAAUCGCUGGGGCGGAGCUGGAUUGGCCGGAGCUCGACUGGCCAGGCGAGGAAGCGCUCCUACUUUCACCGGGCGAAAGCCGGCGCUCAAUGGCAUCGCCAGCGGCCUUCCAACAGUUGAGAGAGCUGAUCGAGGUCCAGGAGGUUUUACUGGACAAACUGAGGCGAAAGAUAAAAAUACAGGAAGAGAAUUCAGUAAACAAGGAGCAAUAUGAAGCUAUCGUGAAGAAACUAGAGAAGGAAGAGAAAGAACAUGCAGAGACGAAGAAUGCCCUAGCUAUAACAUCUGAACAUCUGGAGUUUGCCCUAGGAGAGAUUGAUGUUUUGUCAAAACAACUUGAGAGGGAGAAACACGCAUUUGACAACGCACUUUCUCGAGUAAACAGCAAAGCACUGAAACAGUCACUUCAGAAAGACAAACUUAUAAGCAAAUGUACAGAAAUUGAAACCCAUAUUCAGAAGCAGGAAAAUAUUCUAAGCUGCAAAGAAAAUGAGAUCAAAGAACUGCAUCACUUCAUCAACAAACAGAAGCAAACCUUAAAGAAACAAGCAUCUGAAUUCAAGAUACAGAAACAACAAGAAAGUUACAUAGCAAAUGUGCUUGGAAAAAGGCUCAAGAAAGAUUUUAAACUUUAAAUUUAGCUCCAUUGGUGAACCGAUCUGACCCAGAGUAUCCAGUAGCUUAUGAUCCUGGCAUGCCUCCAGUGGAUUAGCACCUGCUGCUGUUCCUUUGCUGAUCCUUUUUAGGAAAAAAAUAAACAACAUAUUUUGCUAUAGUUUCCACUAAGUGCAGCCCACUGCAUCUCAUUCCAUGUGCUAUAAAUUGAUAUACAUGUAUAUAUGUUUAUCUGUUAUAUGUAGAAUAGUUCGGUUGGAAGAGAAAGAAAAAAAAUAACAUUUCCUAUUUUGUGGGUAUUGAAUGUAAGAGGGAUGGUUUAUGUAAAAUGUGAAAGUCAUCUUGUCGCUCAAACUCAAACCUUUUUGCCCCCCCUGUUUGGGAACAGACAGAUUAGAUCUCUACUGUGAAUCAGCAACUUAAGUCAGUGUCAGAUAUACUUCAGCUACAGUAUCUUGGCUACAUUUCAGUAUUGAGAUGAUAUUUGGGGAAUUGGAUCAAUAAAACCAUCUGACAUUUAGAUGCUGAAACAUUUACAAGAACUCAUGUUGUACUAGUAGUCCAAAUACUUCCAGUGGUAAUUUUUAAACAUCUUAAUUUAGCAGCUACUUAUCAACAGAGGCUUUGUUGGUAGUACUGUUUGGAUUAAACAUCAACUUUGCCACUGAAAAACAUCUACUGUAUUUGCAUAUGUAGAAUGAAUCAGUGUCACAGUGACAAAGCAUAACAUGAGACAUUAAACAGAAGCUAAAGUAUAAAUAUACAUGGAAAGUAAGAAGGAAUGCUUGAAAUUUCCUCCAAUGUGUACUCACUUCAGGUGAAUGGAAUUUAGCCUAAGGUAACCCAUGGGUUUUUUUUAGAAAGCUAUCUUAUGAGCAUGCAAAAUAGUAUUAGUAUUGUAUAGCUUGAUGCAAAUGUAGUGUUUCCAUUAUUAAAAAAGUGAAG